CCAAAUAUCCGAUAAAAAUUAAAAUAAUCUCCUUUAGCCUAUUCAGAUCAAAUACAAACGGCUAAAUCCCCUUAAACCCACUCACGCUAUCAUGACAUGCAAAGGGCGCACUGGUUAGUCAGCAGCGCAAACACCAAAAACUCAAUAUCACCAUCGUCCCUUAUCCCAACCACAAUCAUCAUUUACCAUUCGUUCCCACAGCUCCAAUGAGCACAUCCGCCACAGACACCAUCGCUCUGCACCCUCUCCCCGGCACCCCUGCCGGCGCAGCCUCCACGUCCGAAGACCUGCUGCGAGACUUACACACCCAUGAAACCGCCGUCGCAGCCUCGCCGCCAGGGCUCUCCAAAACUCGCCGCGUAGCAGUCAUCAUCACCAUAGCAGGUAUUACCUUUGUCAACAGCAUUGGUUCAGGGAUCCUGAUUGCUGCACUGCCCCGCAUUGCCCAGGAAGUCGGGCUGGCCGAGUCCCUCAUCCUCUGGCCGGCUGCAGUCUACUCCCUCACAGCAGGAUGUCUGCCGCUCAUCUUUGGCGCCAUGGCCGACAUUAUCGGGGCCAAGCUCGUCUGGGUGACUGGCAGUUUUCUGUUUGCCGGGUUAACGGUUGGUCUGGGGCUGGCUAAGACGGCGCUCCAGGUGAUUAUUGUGAGGGCGCUGUUGGGCGUCGCUAUCUCGCUGUGUCUUCCUACAGCCGUGAGCCUCAUCACGAAUACGUUUGCGCGCGGCACAUGGCGCAAUGUGGCAUUUGCAAUGAACGGCAUGGGCCAGCCGUUGGGGUUUGCCAUUGGCCUUGUUCUGGGUGGCAUCUUUACUGACACGAUUGGCUGGCGCUGGGCGUAUAUCCUCACGGCCAUGGUGAAUGUGUGCCUGUCACUGGUGUCUGUGUGGUCGCUGCCUGCUGUGCAUCAACCAUCUAACAAGACGAAAGCGCAGAGACUAGCCCAGGAUAUCGACUGGCUUGGCAUGGGGAUCCUUAGUGUGGCCCUUGUGCUGGUUCUCUACGUGCUGGCCGUGGUGACGAGCUCGUAUCGCAGUAUUAGCAGCCCUUUGACCAUUUCCUUGCUGAUUGUGUCGGUUGGCCUGCUGGUUGCCUUUCCAGUAUGGAUGCGGCACCAGACGAACCGCAACAAGCCGGCGCUUAUCCCGAACCAUCUGUGGCGAAAGACAUCAUUUACGUUUAUCAGUGUGGCCGUCUUUUUCUGCUGGGCAGCCCUCAAUGGCAUUGAAUACUUUACAACAUUAUACUUCCAACAGGUUGAGGGUGUUGCUGCCCUGCAGAGCUCAAUUCGCUUCCUCCCACACGUCGUCAUGGGCGUAUGCGUCAAUGUCGGCAUGGCCUUUUUCAUUUCACGCUUCACUGUGCGCAGACUUGCUGUGGUAUCGGCCAUUAUCACCAUGGUCACGCCGCCGCUCAUGGCAACUAUUCCCGUUGGCCAAAAUUACUGGUUUGCGCCGUUCUGGGCGCUGUUUCUGUCACCGGCAAACGCAGAUGGUAAGCUCUUUUUGAGAUUAUCCCAAACCCACACUAACUUUGUUUAGUUUUGUUUACCGUAUCAAACCUCGUCAUCUCGGAUGCUUUCCCCGCAGAGACACAGUCCUUGGCUGGCGCCGUCUUCAACGUGGUAGCUCAGCUCGGCAACUCUGUCGGAUUAGCUGUUACAGCAGCGAUUGCAGCCUCAGUCACAGAGCAUUCCGACGUCAAGGACCAUAACCUCGCGCUGAUGGAGGGCUUCCGGGCCGCCUUCUGGACACUCUUUGCCGCGACGGCGACAGUGGUAGUGGUAUGUUUCUUUGGACUACAACGAGGCGGUGUUGUGGGUAAGAAGACGGACUGAAGUGUAUUAUUAAAAAAUAGAAGUAGUUAUAGAAUAGUGUUGGGGUAUAUCUAGUAAAUACCAGGAACAAUCUUCCACUUGACCACGCGCUUGUACUUCUCCCAGUCAUCACCGUACUUCUUCUGGCACGCCGCGUCGUCACGGCCCUCACGGUGGAUCAGAAGGAUGCCAAAGUACAAGCUGUAGAAGCAAGUAAAGGCAAUACCCCAGCCCCUAGCGUCGCCCUGCUCCACCUGGCCAUUCGCCUGAAUCACGUAGCCAGAAAGACCGGCAGCGAGGCAGAAGGGCAGCGACUGCAGCCAGUCACCAAAGUAGUUGAGAUGGCGCGAGAUACCCCACCAUCCGCCAGUCAACAAUCUCGUGCCGCGCUUGGUUUGGAUGUACGAGAGGCCAGCAACGCUCGGGUGGUUAGGCUCCUUGCGGAAGACGGCCUUUUGCGUGUUUGCGGCGCGGAAGAUGUACAGACCCAAGGCAAACACAGAGAAGAGUCCAGCCAAACCCAAGGGACCCAAGUGCACAGGGUACACAGCCAGGUAGCGCGCCUGCGUGGAGUAGAUGAAGGGCACCCAGACAAUAUCACCAAAGGUCAGCAUGAAGCCGAGCCCAUCGCUGAUGAUGUCCAUCAUGGAAAGGAUACCGGCCUCGGCGUACUGGCCCUCAAGGACGUAGUAGCCCUGGAUGGCGGUGACGAAGAUCAUGCUGUCCGACACAAAGCCGUGGCGGUUGUACUGCUUGGCCAUGAAGGCCAGGUCGAGCAGCAGCCAACCGGUCAAACCAGGACGCAUCUCAAGCCACGUCUUGAUGUCGAUCUCGCCGCACAGGGGCAGCGUGACGCGCGGGUUGAGCUCACGGCCAAUGUAGAAGUCGUAGAUGAGGUUGCCGCUGGUGCCGCCCUCGGCGAGCUCGCGCAGCUCCUUGUUGCGCGGCUUGACGGAGAAGCUGGCAACGUAGACGUAGACGGAGAUGGCGUAUGCGAGGAUGAUGUUGGCCGUCAGGAUCUGCAGGUAGUUCUCGUCAAUGUAGCGCCAGACGACAAAGUCGGCGCCGUAGAUGUAUGUGCCGACUGCGCAGGCGACGACUUGAACAAGGGUCGAAGAGAAAGCUAUACACACACAUUUAUACAUUAGUCUGUUUCUCUCGGCAAAUUCAGUGCAUAGUAGACGUACAGUUGAAGCGGUAGUUGAGGGGCUUGCCCGACUCCUUGAGCUUGGUGCCGAGGACCUCGUGCGCAGGCAGCACAACGUACAGGGCCAUGCUGAGAACGUAGUACGCAGCGACCCAGCCGGUAGCCUCGAGGCUCACGAAGCCAGCCAGACCAUCAGCUGGCCAUGGGAUCUGCGCGCGGAUAGUGUCCCACGCCAACUCGAGGCGGAGCAGCGCGGGGGCAGGGCAUCCGGAGAUGUCGUUGCAGGCAAAGUAGAAGAAGGCGACAAGCAGCGGAAGGCCA